ACAUUUUGAGGUUAUUCUGUCAAAGUUGAUAGUUCCGAUUUGGUUGGUAUUGAAAAAUUACAAAGAAUUUGAAGACAUUUUUAUAGAAAUACUAACUUAGAAUUUAAAUAUGCAUUGUUUUAAAAGAUCUCUGCCAAGUAUACACAGUGUAAGAAAUAUGGUGGCCAGAACUACGUUGCCUCAUUACAGAAAACCAACAAAUCUAAGAGGGUUUUCUAGCACAAACACUAUUGAUGAAAAUAGUAAUGUAGAAAAGACCGAUAUUGAUUCAACCCCAAAAGGAGGAUUUGCAAAGGCCUUUGAAAAACAAUCCCAACUUAAUGAAAUCCAAGAUAGUGAACAAAAUCACACUUUCGCUUCAUUACUCAAGAACUCAAAGCUGAUCGAUCUGGGCGAUCCAGUAGGCAAAACAGUUAUUGGGAAAAUAUUCCAUGUUGUUGAAGAUGACCUGUACAUAGAUUUUGGAUGGAAAUUUCACUGCGUAUGCACUCGUCCAGAAAACAGAGGUAACGAAUAUGUCAGAGGCGCGAGAGUUCGCGUUCUGAUCAAUGAUUUGGAGCUCUCAUCGAGAUUUCUCGGUUCAAGCACUGACCUCACACUCCUGGAAGCGGAUUGCAAGUUAUUGGGCAUUGUGUCUUCCCCUCUCAGAGCAACAGUCAAUGUAAGAAAGUAGUUUUGUUGUAGUUAGAUGUAGUUUUAAAGUAAUAAAGUUGUUUAAUGUUAUA